AUGAUCGAUGCGAUCCUGAGCGUUUCGGACCCUGAUGAAAUCAGCGCGAAGCGCAUAAGGAAAGCGCUGCAGGAGCUCUUUGCGGUCGACCUCGAUGGAGACAAGAAAGACAUCAAAGCGCUGAUCCUUGAGCGGUUCGACCUACUGAGAGAUCGGCAAUCCAAGGUGCUGAGCCAGGAGGAGCUGGUGCAGCGCGACAGCGAGAUGGCCGCGGCGCUGGUUCGGGGGGACGCGGGGCGUGCCAAGCGCCCGCGCAAGCGAGAUGCCGACAAGCCGCGCAAGAAGCGCGCCAACCAGAGCGACAACCCAAACAGCUUCCACAUGCGCCCAGUGCAGCUGAGUGAGCCCCUGCAACGUCUUCUCGGGGAGGAGCAGCUGCCUCGUACCCAGGUCGUAAAGGCGGUAUGGGACUACAUCAAGCAGCACCAGCUGCAGAAUCCCGAUGACCGCCGCGAGAUCUUGUGCGAUGCAGCCAUGGAACCUGUAUUUGGCAAAAAGAUGACGAUGUUCUCUAUGAACAAGAUUCUUUCGCAGCACCUGACCAACCCGAAAGAUGUGUCUGGCAGCGACCAAGAUGCCAACACAGAGGAGCAUUCGGACCAGUUGUCCGCAUGA